AUGACACCUGUGGAAUCAAGAAAGAGGAAGAGAGAAGCACCACACCCAUAUCUCUCGGGCAAUUUCGCUCCAAUCCUGAAAACCCAGCCACUCACGCGCUGCAGCUAUACUGGUGUGAUUCCGCAGGAGCUGUGUGGAGGCGAGUAUGUUCGAAAUGGUGGAAAUCCUGUGGUGAACGAGGACUUGGGCAGAGAUGCUCAUUGGUUUGACGGCGAUGGCAUGCUUGCUGGAGUCGCUUUCCAGCGCACCGAGAAAGGCGUGCAACCUCAUUUCGUCAAUCAAUUCAUCCUCACCGACCUCUACCUAUCGAGCGUGUCGUCGUCCAUCAGGACUCCAAUUCUGCCUAGCAUUGCGACACUAGUCAAUCCGCUCACAACAUUGUUCCACAUCAUCUUGCGGGUUCUAAGAGCUCACUUUCUUGUGUUCCUUUCGAGGCUACCCGGCUCUCCACAAGCCAUCAAGAAAAUCAGCGUUGCCAAUACUGGUGUACUCUUUCAUGAUGGAAGGGCACUAGCUACGUGUGAGAGUGGACCACCAAUGCGCGUUGCUCUUCCUGGACUUGAGACCGUUGGCUGGUACAAUGGGAAGCGAGCAGAGGGCGACAGAGGGGGUGAAGAUGGUGCAGGGUUUGGUGGCUCGGGCCUCUUCAGUUUCCUGAAAGAAUGGACUACUGCCCAUCCUCGAGUCGACCCCAAUACCGGCGAGCUCAUUUUGUUUCAUUCAACUUACUUGCCACCAUACGUGCAUUAUUCGUGCUUACCUGCCACCUACCCACCCGCCAUACCCUCGACUCCUUUGAACGUACCAACCAGGCUUAUGAACGCCCCUGUACCUGGGGUGUCUUCUGCCAAAAUGAUGCACGAUUUCGGCGUGUCAUUCGAUCACACCGUCAUUCUAGAUCUCCCGCUGUCCCUCGAUCCCCUGAAUCUGGCUAAAAACAAGCCAGUCGUUGCUUACGACCCUACCGGCCGGUCAAGGUUUGGUGUCUUCCCUCGCUAUAACCCCCACCAGAUCCGCUGGUUUGAGACAGCUGCUUGUUGCAUCUUUCAUACAGCAAACACGUGGGAUGAUAAGGUUGUUGACAGGAGCACCGGUGUAAUGAAGACCGCCGCUGUCAAUAUGUUGGCCUGUCGUUUGACCUCUGCUUCGGUGGUUUUCUCGACUGGAAACAUUGCAGCACCGCAGCCGCUUCGGACGACGGUAUCGCAAGAAGAAGAGCAAUGUCGCUUGUACUAUUAUCAAUUUGACAUGGAUCAACAUGAGUCGCAAAACAAAAUUCGCUACCAGUUUGCUCUUAGCGCGGUAUCCUUCGAAUUCCCAUCCAUGAGAGAUGACAUGUCCAUGUCAGCUGCCAAGUACAUUUAUGGGACGUCCCUCUCCUACGGAUCAUUUGAUGCUGCUCUAGGUCGAACCGCCAAGAUUGACUGUUUGGUCAAAAUACACGCGGAGGUUCUGAUCGCAAGAGGCAAGGCAAGAACAGAUCUGGAGCCUGUUUCUGGUUGUGUCGACACGCGAUCAGUGGAGGACGUUCUUUCCUCGACCCUUGAGGACGAUCCAAUACAGAUCUUCCAAAUGCCCCAAGGCUACUAUUGCCAGGAAUCACGAUUCGUGGCAAAAGCACAGGCACAAGAUGAAGAUGACGGAUAUCUGCUCACCUAUGUUUUCGACGAGUCCCAGCUGGAUGAUCGUGGCGAAUGCUUGCCCAACGCGAAGAGCGAGCUGUGGAUCAUCGAUGCCAAGGAUAUGACGACGGUGGUCGGCAAGGUGAUGCUGCCGCAAAGAGUUCCCUAUGGUCUGCAUGGCAACUGGUUCUCUGAAGAUCAAGUCCUCGGCCAGAGACCGAUUGAGACCAUCCGGCAACUUCCUUCGGCCAAACCAUCAUCGGUCGUGCAAGCGGGUCCUGACAUCUGGGCCCGAUGUCGAAAGUUUAUCGAGUCUUCCCUCGGCUAG